CGCUAAGCCUUAUGUGCUAGGUUUGGUCAGAAAGGGCCGCAGGUAAAAGUCACGCGGACUUUGCAUGUUUCCUAUCUCGAUUGGAAAACACUCCAAGGAGGAGGUCGUGUGCGACGUUCUCAACAUGGAUGUGUGCCAUGUUCUCCUAGGGCGGCCGUGGCAAUAUGAUAACGACAUUACCUAUCGGGGCAAAUAUAAUGUAAUGAUGUUCAGUUGGGGUUCGCAUAAAAUAGCGAUGGCCCCAGUCUUGAGUUUCAACAAACAACCGGGCAAGGCAAGGUAUAGUUUUCUCACCAUGGUGCAUGAUGAACAGGAGCUGGUGGAAGCCGUGAAGGAAACCGAGUGGAUUUGUCCCGUCGUUGUGAAAGGAUUGUUGCAUGCCGCAGGGGAAGAGACUUACACACCAUCGGAAGUGCAAGAGAUAUUAAAGGAAUUUGGGAAACUAUUAUCGGAGGAGCUGCUUGGUGCCCUGCCGCCCAUGCGGGAUAUUCAGCACCAUAUUGAUUUGAUUCAGGAGCCAGUUUACCGAAUUUGCCCCAUUACCGAAUGAGCCCAAAGGAGAAUGAGAUAUUACGGGAGCAGAUUGAAGACCUCUUGAAAAAAGGAUUCAUACGUGAAAGUAUGAGUCCAUGCGCGGUACCUGUGUUGCUCGUACCAAAGAAGGGUAACCAAUGGCGCAUGUGCGUGGAUAGCCGGGCAAUCAACAAGAUUACUAUUA